UUUCGGUUCCCGGCGGCCGGAGGGGCGGGCUCGGGCUGCGGGACGGAGCUGCGGGCGGCAUCUGCAGCCAGUGAGGCAACUGCCCGUGGGUGUGCACCGUGCUCUGGGGUGUCCCUGUGUGCUGAAAUGCUGCCCCUAGCAGUGCAGGUUGUCGUGAGGGCAUGGAGCAGGAGCCACCUUUGCCUUUGACAACUGAGAGGAGGCUGACCACACAACAAUGCAGCCUCCCUCUCUGAACGAGGACCUCAACCUGAACGCAGCCCUUGCAAGGACCCGUCCCCAGCUGGUGGAGUUUCUCCUUCACCAUCCUGACUGGCUGCUCGUCACCUCCCACCACUUCCUCCCAGAGGUGGCCCUGCAUGGCCUGGAGGGCAUCACCAACCACAGAGAAAAGGUCUCCAUGCUGCUUGACCUGCUGGAGAAGGCUGGCCCUGCCACCUGGAAACAGUUUACACAGUACCUCUGCAUGGAGUUCGACCUCCCUCUGGAUCUGGAGAUACCGCUCAUAAGUUUUGCAGGAGAAGGCCUUGCCCAGCGUCGCCGUCGCAGCAGCUCUGUGGAUGACAGGGACGCCAAGCAGCAGCGGCUGGAUUCAGGUGGAAAAUACCGGCAUCUCCUCAUUGAUUCUAUCCACCAGAGGUACGGAAGCAGUAGGACAGCAGGAGCACAAACCCAGCCACUGUCUUUCAACCAAGCCUUUGUCAACCUUGUCAUUCAGCAGAGCAAAGCCUCCCGCUUGAGAGAGAAAGCAGAUAAACCCCGCGAGGACGUGGCAGGUGCUUCUGAGCCUGAAGAAUGUGCAGGCACAGCCAUGAAUGUGUCCGACCUGUUCUGGGGUGUGGUGCCAUCAGACAGAACGAAGGUGAUCUUUUUGUGUGGCAAACCAGGAACAGGCAAGACUAGGCUGAUGCACAGGAUUUGUCAGAACUGGGCAGAAGGUGUCCUGCCUCAGUUUCUCUUCAUUUUCCUAUUUGAGUUCCGGCAGCUGAAUUUAUUAAGAAGAAAACUGACUCUGAAGGAGCUUUUGUUUGACCUGUUCCUUCAGCCAGAAGACAACCCUGAUGUAGUGUUCCAGCACCUCCUGGAAAAUGCCCAGCGUACACUGGUCAUCUUUGAUGGACUGGAUGAGUUUGCAGCUGACAUGGACGUGUCAUCGUCUUCUCAGGGAGGCCGAACUCCUACCUCCCAUAUGUCCAUACCUGAGCUCUUUGCAGACCUCUGCCAUGGGAAGCUGCUCCCUGGUUGCACAGUGUUGGUCACCAGCCGGUCCAAGAAACUUCCUGACUUACUAAACACAGUAGAUCUGCUGGCAGAAAUCUGGGGAUUUGACCAUGAAAACGUUGAGGAAUAUGUCAACCACUAUUUUCAUCAGAAUUCCUUCAAAGAACAAGCCAUUGCUCACCUGAAGAACAACACCAAGCUCCUCAGCAUGUGCCUGAUCCCUGCUCUCUGUUAUGUUGUGUGCGUUUGUUUGGAGUAUUUGCUCCUUAAACAUCAGAUGAGUGUGGAGCUUCCUCAGACUAUGACACAGUUUUAUAUCAAGAUGCUCCUCAUUUUCAUAAACAAACAGCAGGGAGAGCUCGCAGGUGAUGAGGUGACUCAGCUGAACUGUAACAAGAAGGCCAUCUUGGGUCUGUGUGAUCUUGCACUGAAAGGCCUGGAAGAGAAGAAGCUUGUAUUUUAUGUUGGUGAUGUUCCGGAGCACGUGAAGGAAUUUGCUUCCUUGCAUGGAUUGCUGACUGUCUUUGAGGUGAAGACGAGUGGCACUUGCCCAGAGGUUGGCUUUGCCUUUGUGCACUUAAGCUUGCAGGAGUUUUUUGCAGCACUGGGUCUCAUGGUAAGUCAGAGGGUGGACAGGAACUACGUGAAGAAGAAGUUCUUCUUAAAGUCCAAGUGGACUUUAAAGAAUGAGGCAAAGACCGAGUUAAUGGAGAGUUUCCACAUCUUCCUCUCAGGCUUGGCAUCAAAAGAGUGUAGGACGUUUCUCAUGCUGCUAGCUGAACGAGAUGAAGCUUGGGUGCAGGAUAAGCAGGGCGCAGUCCUGCAGUCCCUCACGAAACUGGCAGCCACUCAUCUGACAGGGCCUAAGGUCAUUGAGCUCUGCCACUGCAUGUUUGAAAUGCAAGACCUCAAAGUAGCCAAGCACAUUGGGAGCCUGCUGAACUUCAAGUAUGAGUUUAAAAACUUCAGAGUGACACCUCUGGACAUGUCAGCUUUGGUGUUCGUCAUAAACUCAGGCCAGGAUUUGACUCGUUUGGAUUUUGCAGGAUGUCUCGUGGACUUCGACUGUUUGGAGGUUCUGGCUGGCUGUAAAAAUGUGGAGCACUUGAGCUUUCGUAGUAGGAGAUGUGACAAUGACUUUGCUGCCGCUCUUUCAAAGAGUGUACAAGGAAUGGGGAGCCUGAAGAAACUAGAGUUGACUGGUGGGCGCAUCACAGCGCAGGGGAUGACUAAGUUGGUCCAGGCUUCAUCACAGUGCCUCCAGCUUGAGGAAAUAAACUUGCAGGACAAUCGGAUACGGAUUCCAGAGGUGAAGAGGGUGAUGGACCUGUUUUCCAGAAUGGAGAACCUGAAGAAAAUUGACCUGAGCAACAACAACCUCUCCUUGAAGGCUCUUCUGUGCUUGGCAAAGGAGGUCGUUGCUUGUCAAAACGCUGCUGAGCUGUGUGUCAGGAGCAACACAGUGAUGAUACAUUUUUCUGGCUCAUCUGGGAAAGUUCCAAGAUACCUGGAUUUGAGAUGGGAAGAGAAUAAGGAACAUGUAACCCCAACUAGAUUUGUGAAGCUAUGCUUGCAGGACUGCAGCCUGACUUCCCAACAUGCAGAGGAGAUCGUUGCCAUUCUCAGGAGCUGUCCCUGUCUCUCUGAAGUGGAUUUAUCAGGUAACAACCUUGGAGAUGAAGGCUGCAGUUACCUUCUGGAAAACCUCCCCCAGAUCUCAAUUUCAAAGCAGCUGGAUCUCAGUCAAAACGGCCUCUCUGUGAAUGGCAUUUUCAGUCUGCUGAAGUCAGUAAACACCUGCCAGAAGAUGAUGGAGGUACAAGUCAGCCUUUGUCAUGGGACUGCAGUCCUGAGCUUCACAGGAGACAGAGAAUUUGCUUCCCCUCCUCCUGGGGCAAGGCCUGUGUUCCCUACUGAUGACCAGCAACAUGGAGAGGAAAACCAGACACCAAAUACCCUCAGAAAAAUAAGACUGACAGAUGGUUGUUUUCAAGCCAGUGACCUACAGAAGCUCUGUGCAGUCCUGAAGGAAUGUGGCAGCAUCUCUGAGCUGGACCUGUCCAGUAACUAUCUGGGAGAUGAGGGACUUCUGCAGCUGUUUGAGUUCCUCCCAAAUUUGAAAAUGUUAAGUUCUCUCACGCUUAAUGACAACCAGAUCACCAUGAACUCGGUGUUUUUCUUAGCUCAGUCCUUGUCUACAUUGGAACACAUCAAAACAAUGACCAUCAGCUUCAGACACACGCAGGUGGUUCAUCUAACCUUUUGGGAGAGAAUCAGGGCCAGAAGUGCCAGCAGAUGGAGAAGCAGUUUCCUGGUACCUCCCAAGCACCCGGCACCGGGGCAGUGCUUUCGUCUCAGGGACUGCAGAGUGGGGCCGGAGGACGUGACCAGGCUGUGCCAGAUACUGGCUCAAUGUCCCCAGCUGACAGAAAUUGAUCUGUCUGGAAAUUCCUUGAGUGAGCAGAGCAUUGAGACACUGCUGAGCUUCCUGCCAUGCCUCUGUCACCUGACACUGCUGAGUAUUAGGAGGAACACAUUUUCCCCACGUUGCACUGUCCUACUCACCAACUCCAUCAACCUCUGUGAGCGGAUCAGAAUAGUAGAAGUCCGGUCCAGUGAAAAUGCUGUUUUGCAUUUAGGAGUAGGCGUGCGAAGCCAAAAGACCUGCUGCAGGCUGACAGACUGUGCCAUUGGUCCUGGGCAGGUGGAUGAGCUCUGUGGAGUCCUGGAGCAGCGUGGGUGGCUGGCAGAAGUGGAUCUCUCCAGGAACCAGCUGGGAGAUGAGGGCCUGCGGUGCCUCUUGGAUCGCUUGCGUCGGGUGCCCGUUACCUGUUCCCUCAACCUCAGCCAUAAUGGGAUUUCUCAGGAUGGAGUUCUGCAUCUCAUAAAUGCCUUGGCCACAUCUGGAAAUACCACUGAAGUCCAAGUCAGCUUGUGCUCCAAAGCAACUUUAAUCAUCAAGUUAACAAGCAGAGAUGACCCAAGAAAGAUUCUGAGACUGGCAGAGUGCAACUUUCAGCCAGAGCACUUGGAAAAGUUGUGCUUGCUCCUGGAAAAGUGCACUGACCUGACAGAGUACAUAUCCUCAAAUAACAACAUGACAGUCCAAGCUGCAGAGAAGCUCUUGCAUUCCCUGAGGAAAAACCUGUGUCCUCUGAAAAUCAGCAUAGAAGAGCCAUGGGUAUGUAAGGAAAGUGUCAGGAACCUUCUCCAGCUGGCUGUCCAGGCCUGUGGAAACAUUACUGAGAUCACGAUAUGUAAAGAUAAAACCCUCUUCCAAUUGGGCAUGAGGUUCCCACACUGCCUGGAGAAAGUGGAAGCAGUGGUUAGCAGGUUGGAUCUGUACAGCCCAGAAAUCCAGCCUGCUGGCUUCUACCAAAGGGUUCGUGAAAAAUGUGCUCUGCUUCAGGAGCUGAGCUGGUCUCAUGUUGAGCUCCACAGCAGUGAAGCAGAAAUGCUAGUUGGGAUUUUGCUACCUCUUCCAGAGCUGAAGAAGUUUGGGCUGACCUCUAGCAGUGUGAUGGCAUUUGGAACUGAUGACUUCAUCAUGGGCUUGCAGAACUGCCAGGCCAUCGAAGAGCUGAACUUGAGCCACAUGAAGCUCAGCAGCUCUGCCAUUCCUGAGCUGGUGCUGGGACUCCAUGAGAUACCGUCUCUGAAAAGGCUGAUCUUGAACCAUAACAGUAUUGGGAAUGAGGGCUGCUCCAGCCUCGCAGAAGCCUUGAGGAACAUGCCCCACAUAGAGGAAAUCAAUUUAAGUCACAACGGGAUUGGAGAUGCAGGCCUGACCAGCCUGGCUGCUGUCCUGCUGGAAAUGCAGAACCUGAAGAAGAUCGACCUUUCAGGGAACAGUCCAUGUUCUGCUGGAGGGGAAAAGCUGAUGGAAGCUCUUGCCUGUUGCAAGCAGGUGGAGGAGCUGCUCCUUUCCAGGAAUGUUUUUGGAGACAGGACAGCAGUGAAACUUGCCCUCUGUCUGCCUCACAUGACCAACCUCAAAAUCCUGCACUUGCAGCACAAUAACAUCGGGCCAGCAGGAGGGAUGGAGCUGGCCAGAGCCCUGGUGGCAUGUAGGCUGCUGGAAGAGCUAAGUUUAUCAGAAAAUGAUCUUGGGGAAGGAAGUAUCCGUGCCCUGUCUGAGGGGCUGCCUUGCUUUGAACACCUCUGGAAGAUUGACUUGAAACUCUGUGGAAUCACUGAUGAUGCUUCAAAAUCACUUUCUCGUGGCCUCCGACAGUGCCCAUCCAUGGAGGAAGUAAUACUCUCCUGGAAUGCCCUUGGUGAUGGAGGAGCCCAAGAGUUGGCCAGUGCUCUCCCAGGGAUGGAGAAGCUGAAGAUCUUAGAUCUGGAGAAGAAUCACAUUGGAGCCUGUGGGGCCACAAAACUGGCAGAGGAACUUGCCAAGUGCCCUGAAAUCCAACUCAUAAGGCUGUGGGACAAUCCAGUGCCCAAGGACCUCACUGAGAAUUUGACAAACCAAGAUCCAAGACUGUGUUUCUCCUUCUACUAGCAAAGAAGAGCCCUUUGCCUGACUAGGAAUUGCUCUCUUGUUUCCUGCUCCCCUCAAACAUUGCACUGGUGAACCCAGGAAAUCAAGUUCCUGCAGUUAAACGCUUAGGUCUUCCUUCCUUACACUGAACCAAGUGCAAGCACUUAGUGGUGCUUUUUUUUUUUUUUUUUUUUUAAGCAAAAGACUUCAAAGAAUCACUGCUGAGCAGACAGUGUUUGUGGUGUAACAGCCCUGAAACUCUCCUCAGGAGGAUGGAAUGUAUCUACUCAGGCAUUCAGAGAGCCAGCGGAGUAUUUAAUUAUCAUUAAUCAAGAUUACAACACCUACAGGGUGUUCCAAUAGAAGAAUGCACAUCCUCCAGGAGAGGGUGUAAAAUGCUGUACAAACUGUAACCUGUUGGCCCUGUUAACACGUGCACUCCAACAGGCUGUUUGAAAAUUGUGUGAGACAGUAGGUGAAAUGCUUGAUUUGUAGGCAAAUGGUGUGAUCUGUGGUUUUGUUUGAUUCAUAGCAGGCAACUUUUUCUACAGAACUGCCUCAGUUUCCUAGUAGAAACUUAAGGAUUUGUGAAAUUUCAAAUUGUUGCCCCAAAAUGAUCAAUUCUUGUCCUGCAGUAACAUGGAAAGGCUGGUAUCACCGUGGCUUUCAGUGAGAAGCUUGGAAGUACUGAGGGUGUAAAACAAUGUGAAGAAGAGAGAGCGUGUACACUACUGCUUGUUUGCACGAGGGGGUUCCAGGCCUUUGUGGAGGUUUUGGAAGGCUGGAUUGCACUGACCCCUUUGAGCUGGAGUGAGGACUCAGACGGCUUGAAGCACUGAGCACGUGGCAGAUCCUUCAAGACUUGCCAUCUCUGAAUCCCAAAGCCUGCCUGUCACUGGGCAGCGGGUGUUGGACCUGUGGAGACGGGAAGGAGAAGAUCCCAGACCCCAAGUCUGGUGUUCAGUGGAGGAGAUGGACUAGAGCUGCCCCUUGCAUGCGUGGAACCACAGCUUGAGUUGCAGGAGAGCGGCCACAUCGUUCUUACUAUUUAUUGAUUUGUGUUUCAGUGUUUUCUGUGCAUGUUUGUGCUGUUAAAAUCCUUGUGGUGGAUUUAUUGAUGGGAUUUUUAUUUACAGCAGUGUUUGCCUGGGGAGAUGUAAGUGAUCUGGUUUGGGCAGGGCAGGGGUUUGGAAUGUGAUGGAAAUGCUGGUCGAGCAAACCGUUUGGCAGAGGACACGGGCAGCUGGUGCCUGUUGUUCCUGGGGGAGCCACUGUCCUUAUUUAAAGAUCAGCAUUGGGCUCUAUGAGAUCUUGACACUGGUGUGUAGAGCUGAGACACUCUGAAAAGGGUUUAAAAACAGCAACGGAGAAAAAAAAGUAGUGAAAUUCCUCACCAGGAAUUCAAAUACCUGAGAUUCAAACACUGGAAUUCAGGAAAAGCUUGACCAAGUGUGGCUUUUUUCAUUCAGUAUUUUCCAACCUGGUUUGCAGAUGCCAAUCCGAGUAGCUCUCAUCAGAGGAAGCACAAGAGGCACCAGGAUCACUUCCCGAGGUGUCUCGGUGCCGAGGGCUCCUCUCAGCUUCCAGGGUGACCUGGGCUCUCCUCAGACCUGGCCUCCCAGGGCUUCCUGUGGAAAGAGGCUGGACAGAGCCUGCAGUAGCAGUUUGUGUCAGUCUGGGCUGUGAGCUGAGCAUUCUUUUUUUCCUGAAUUUUAAGCAUCAUUUGGGUGGGACUAAGUGCUGUGAGUGACAAAUAAUAGAGGCCGAGUUUGCGUGGAGAAGGGAAGUACUGGGAUGGGGCUUUGAAAUACACUUGGUGAGGGCUGUUUUGUCAUCUUGGAUAGCAAGCAGAGCCAGAGCCUUUUGCUGUUCCCACAGGCCCAUGAACCAGGGGAAAUACCAGAAAUUAUCUGUCAAACAGAUCUUUGUUCAUCUCUGUUGUAUCAUCUCCUUGAUGCCACCCACUCCUGCAUUUGAAUGUGUUCAGAUGUCGUGAGAAUUUGUUUUCCUCCUUUAGUGGUGUGAAAUGUGCCUUCUUGCUUGCUGGUUUUCCUUUUUUUUUUCUUUUUUUUUAACUUUUAUGUUUAUGGGGAAGAAUGUGUUUUAACUUUAUAAAUAAGAAUGUUGCUUUCAGCAAUGCUCAAA